CUGGGCCGGGCUGGCCGCAGACCCGCCCCCCCCUGCCACCGCCAUGUUGUGUGGUGGGGCUGGGGCGGGGGCGGCCCGGGGGCUGCCGUGAGGCGGGCGGAGGGGGAGUCGAGGCGGCGCGGGCGCUGCUGGCGCUGGGUAGGGGCGCUGUGCUGGGAAGAAGAGAAGGCGCGGGCUGCCGGGCUCGCUUCUCCGGAGGGGAAUGGCGGAUGCCGUGAUCCGCACUGGCGGCGAGAUGGAGCCGGAGCAGCAUCAGCGGAUGGAGAAGACCAGCGCGGGCGUCCUCGGAGUGGAGAGUAACAGAGCAGGAGCCGCUGAGGACACCACACAAAAUGGCGGACGCUCUGAGAGCGGUAGCGCUGGGGAGGCGCUGCUGGUGGCUGCUGUUGCUGCAGAGGACAAGGUCCUCACAAACCUCAGCAUCAGUAGCAGCAGCCAGCGCAGGAGCAGCAUCUCGACGGCAAAUGAACAGCAGCAGCAGCAGCCGCCCAGCGGUGUGCUUGGGGGGCCGCCCCCUCUCCCUAAGCCCCCAGAAGACCAGCAGCCUGUUAGGAGGAACUUUCAGAUCCCCAGGAAGAGCAGAGAAAAGAAAGCACUCUUUCAGCCAGUACUUCCAGGUUCUCGGGAAUUUGAGGAUAUUAUAAAGAUUCUACAUUCUUGCUACUUGGAUCAAAGUUCAGUGUCUAAUUUUAAAUACAAGAGAGCCAGCUUAGUUCAUAGUGAACUGUUGGAAAAGGAAUUCACAGAAAAACGCAGAGAGCUGAAGUUCGAUGGGCGCCCGGAGAAGGAGCUCUCGGAGAGUUACGCAUUCCUCAUGGUGGAUCGGUGCCAGAUCCAGAGCAUAUGUGAAAAGGGACUGCAGGUUGGCCACUCCAAAAUCACAGUUCUUGGCAGCCCUUCCAUGGGUGUAUAUAUCUCCAAGUAUGCUGAUUUAUUGCAGCCUAAUCCUCUAGAAUCUGGAGCAACUGGAGAUGUGAUUGUUUUUAAAAUAAUAAAGGGAAAAAUGAAAAGCAUAUAUGACCACAUUGGUAUGAAAGCAGUGGAAUCAACUGUCAAGAGUGUGUUGGAUCCCACCCCAAAGCACGAGUGUCAUGUUUCAAAGAAUGCAACUAAAGUCACCUCCUUGUUGGCUUACCGAGCUUAUGAACUUACUCAGUACUACUUUUAUGAAUACGGCUUUGAUGAGAUCAGGCGAAGACCAAGACAUGUUUGUCCUUACGCUGUUGUUUCAUUUACUUAUAAAGAUGACAUGGCACAAGGACCAAAAGUUGUGCCCCCAUCAAGAGCAAACACCUUCCAUGCAGAUAGAAGUACAGAGAAACCUAACGUUACAUUGUGGAGGGGACAGCUUUGGAAUAAAGGCAGACUUAUCUGCCAUGUUUCCCUAAAAUCAGCAGCAAAACCUUUCCUUCCAUGCAAGCUUCCUGAGAAGCUUGAGGUUGAAAAGGUUGCAAGCAUUGAUCAGCUGAAGAAAAAAAUUUCACCAUCAUUGUUCUUAAAAGAAACUUACCAAGAAAGAAAAGAAGUGUGGAAGAAUGGCCUGUACUGUAGCCUGUAUGAAGUUGUGGAGAAGUCGCGUUCUGGGAGUCACUUAGAGGGUUUACUUCAAAAACUAGAGAACGAGAAACUUGUCCUUGUGAAGCCACUUGUGGACAGAGGAUUUCUUUUUCUUCUUUCUCCUUGGCAAAUGAUGUCCCCUUAUGACCACCAGACUGGACGGUCCCGUGUGCUUCAUGCAUUGUUUCUGUUUCCAGAGCCUAGAGGUGUAAUUUACUCAGCACAAAAAAGUGUUCCAUAUGGAACACAGAAAAAUUCAACUACUGAGAAAAAGGAAAUUGUUCCAGAAUUGACAAAGUUGAUUCAGUCUCUGCAUUUUGCUUUAUUCCGGUCCCGUAGACACAGCGGUGUAGAUUUCAAUGCUGUUAUGGAAAAGUACGUGCAUGAGUACUUUAAAAAACUCUACUAUGGCCCUGGAGGAGGUAGAGAAUUUACAUUUCAUGAGUACUCAACACAUCUGGAUGAAAAAAAAUCCCUGUACCCUGCCCCAAGAUACAAAGGUCACAUUAGCAGGUGCUUGCAGAACUAUAUUUUCAGUUGUGAGGCCUAUCAGCUCCCCGUUUCCAGAGCUAAGGAACUGCUGGAUAGAAAUCGGAAGCCUCAGCGCUUCAGUCCCAUCUCAGAUUAUGAAGCUAGAGAAGACUACUCUGACUUUUCCAAGGCAAAAUGCAGGAAAAGAAUCCAUCCCAAAUAUGAAGCCAUUGCUGUCAAAAAAAAACUGCCUCAUUUUGGAGACUAUGAUACUGAAAGACUCAAGGAACUUAUUAACUUGAUCCAGUGUAGGAAGAAAAAUGUAGGUGGAGAUUCUGAUUCUGAAGACCCCAGAAUUAGAAGUGGUCUGAAAAGAAAGCUGGAAAAACAAUCUGAACAUUUGCAGAAAUACCUAAAAAUGAGUGACUCUUCAGAGAAUAUUUUUCAGUACAAAGGGGGCAGAACCUUGGAUUCACCACACUCUGUGUUCUCAACGAAUUCUGGUGGCCAUGAGGGUGACUUCAGGCAGGCGGAUGUGUCGGACGCUGACAUCGAAGCGCUGCUGGAGACACUGGCCUCUGCUGGUCCCUGGGACCCGGCGCUGGCACAGUCUGUCACUCAGGCCUUAGCAUUAGGCACUGAGGAAAUUGAAGAGUAUGUGAGACAAAAAUAUGAGUAUGAAUCCAUUCCAGCACAGGACAGAGAUGAUCACGAGCUUCCUAACACUGCUCAAGCUGACAGUGUUACCUUCAAGGACCCGCAGAGCCCGGCCAUGCUGGAAACUGACGUGCUGUGCUUGCCCUGCCCCAUUGAUGUUGGUCUGCAGCUCCCACCCAACGAAGCACCCCUUGAGCACAUGCUACAUUUACAAGAAGCCAGCACUGAGACUACCUUUGAAGACUGCAGUCCCUGUCCUAGUGCACCUAUAGAACAUGGCUAUCUCAGGCAACAUCCCUGCUCAAAUAAUCUAGGGGAAGUCGGAAUGCACUGGAAACUUAUCCCAAUUACAGGUCUGAAAUCACCAGAAGAGCCACUGGAAUACUUGCCACCAACGGAUGCACUUCCUAAUGACCCCCGGGUAGUAAAUAGACAGAGAAAUUCUGAUUAUCAAUUGCCAUGCUCUCCAUUUUCAGACACACAGAAGGGGACAGCAGAAGAUGGACAUUACACAGGACAAGUGGAGAAACCUGAAGAUCAGUAUGAGCUAACAGAUCAACCUUUUACAGCUAAGCAUUCCAUUAGUGCAGUAAUAGAGACAACACUGUUAGAAGAAUAUAAGCUCUUUGCAAGAAAGAUUCAAGAAAUUUUGCAACAAAAAAACAUUCCUUAUGUCAGUGACAUGUCCACACAAGUCCUUUCGGCCCAGGAGAGGAUAAUGAGACUUUCUGAACACAUCUGUUUGCAGGCAUCAGAGAUUUCUGUCCAAGAAUAUAUAGAGAGCCUGAGUGAGAAGCUGAACAGUGUCAUUUUGGCUUCUUCAUGCAUGAAGCAGACUCCCCCAGUUUAUUCUAGUCCUGGAGCACUGGAGGUGGUGAGCAGCACUGCCCCAGGGCCCGUGCCUGACACGCUGGCCGUGUGCAGGGACAGUGACAUGGUGCCAGUCCCAGAGCCACUGUGCAAUGACCUGGGGGAAGAGCUGCAUUCUCAUGAGCAGCCUUCAGCAAGCCUACCCCUAGGGAAGGAGAAAAUGGCUCAUGGGAAUGCUAAACCAGAGGAUCAGACUUCUUCUGGUGGUGAUCUCAUGGAACCACCAGAAAAGACUCAGAAAUCCCCUGAGAACUUAAACGUUUCAACUCAACCAGCUCUUUCUGAUUUCAUAAGCCAGUUAGAACCUGAACUAUUUACCAGUUUGGUCAAAAUAAUGGCAGGCGUACAGAAAAGCACUGUCAAAUUUUAUAUUCAUGAAGAGGAGGAAAGUGUUCUCUGCAGAGAAAUCAAGGAAUAUCUUAGAAGGUUAGGGAACACAGAGUGCCAUCCAGAGGAGUUCCUUAAAAGCGAUAAUUUGGAUAAACUGUUGAUCAUUAUCCAAAAUGAAGACAUUGCCAACCUCAUCCAUAAGAUCCCUAGCCUGGUGACUCUGAAGAGGCUCUCCUGUGUCAGCUUUGCAGGGGUCGAGAGUUUGGAUGAUGUGAAAAAUCACACUUAUAAUGAGCUGUUUGUGUCUGGGGGUUUUGUUGUGUCAGAUGAAUCUGUCCUUAACCCAGAGUCCAUCACUACAGAUAAACUAAAACAGUUCCUGACAUUUCUGGAGGACCUCAAUACCCCAGAUGGGAAAUGGCAAUGGAAAGUCCACUGCAAAAUACAAAAAAAACUGAAAGAGCUGGGGAGGAUGAAUGCCAAUGCCCUGAACCUGCUCACCCUUCUGAACACCUAUCAAAAGAAGAACUUGGUUGAGAUUCUGUCUUACCAUAACUGUGAUUCUCAAACUCGAAAUGCUCCAGAACUUGAUUGUCUCAUCAGGCUUCAGGUUCAAAACAUACAACAGAGACAUGUUGUCUUCCUAACAGAAAAGAAUCUGAAAACGCUCUCGAGUUACAUUGAUAAUGGCAUAGUGGUUGCUGCUGUUGAUGACUUUAUGCGUAACUUUAAAAGUCUCAUUGGGUUUCACAACUCUGUUACUGAGCAGAACCACCUCCCUCCCUGCAGUGCUGACCAAAGACAAUCAGUUCUUGUAGAAAAGGAUGAAAAGGAUGAGGAGGACAUGUCUCUGGAUUCAGGGGAUGAAUUGUCAGAAAUAGAAAUCUGCAGUGGUGCCUCUAAGUAUGAUACUCAUGUGGAAGCUUUGCAGACAGAGACCAAGGGCCCACAUGGAGUAGAUGCUAAAGAAAGCUGCUUAUCAGUUACAGAGUUACCUCCUGAAGCACAAACUGGCCUUGGGGAAAAGACUUACAAAAGUGACUUGGAAGAGAAGCAGCCAAUUCCUACAGUUUCUACAACAUGCUCUGCUGAAGGAGAAAAACACAAUACAGUUGAACAAACUCCUUUCAGUAACUUCCAGGUUUAUAGCAGACAAUUAAACAUGUCCCAUCAAUUCAGCCACUUUAGUGUCCUCACUCAUCAAACUUUUCUGGGAACAACAUACCAAAUUUCUCCUGCAAAUCAAAACCAAGAAGGGUGCAAUUAUUUUCUAUCUGCCUACAAUCAGAGCAUGGAUACAGAAAAGUCAUUGUCACCUGGUGGCUGGGAUAGUUGCUGUGAUUCUUCCAGGCCAUAUUCAGAACAGAAAUGAACUCUUAAGUCUCUUUUUCUAAGUUGCUGUGGACUUCCCUGUUUCUAAAAUGUUGGAUUAACAAUUUGUAUUUUAUUCUGGAACAAAAUGUUUCUUGUUAUCUCAGAUGUUUUCAUGUUCUAUUUAAAUCCCUGAUGGCCUGUCCCUGUUGGAACCAUCUGAAAAUUUAAAUAAAUACAUAUAUUUUUUAACGUUUA